AUGGCGAACCCUCAGCCUGCGGCUUGCAAGAGAUAUGCCUGUGAUCGAUGCCGGGAGCACAAGCUUCGAUGCUCCCGUAGCUCGGACGGUGACAGUCCCUGCGACCGAUGCUUCAAAUUCAAUGCCCUCUGUGUAACAAGUUCUGCCCGUCCCGUGGGCCGACCAUCUGUUCAGACGAGCGCUGGCAACACCAGCACCAGCCAUCAACACCGUCGCCAGCUGCACGGCAAGUACAACAGAGGCAACGGCAGCAAUAACAAGGUCAUGCCGCCUCGUAGCCAAAACGAGGCCAAGCGACAGUCCAAUACUUGCUUGCACAAUGCCUGGCGUCAAGACGCUCACCUCUUGUCCCCACGCAGCUUCCCGCCGUCCGCGGCUGCUUGCUCCGAGACAUCAAGUGGUCCUGCCGGUGGCGCUCCCACCUUGGAAGAUUUUGAAGUCAUGACCGAUGCGCCGUUGGAUGAGUCCGACUUCUCCAAUGAUGUUUCCGAACUGGGGGGCAACGGCUUCGCUCUGGACGCGUCCUCGUUUCAGUUCCAGAUUUCGAAUUCCGCUAAUAUGGCAGAAUUGGCCUUUGGGGGCAUGGAAGUGAUACCAGAGACUGAAAAUAAUCGUCAAGGAAAGAAUAUCAUGUACGCCACCCCCGACGGCACGCAAGAUGAAGGCCCUGCGCCAGUAGUCACGCAACCGGCGGCGAGCUCCGGUGGUGACGGUGACAAUACCGUUGCAUUCAUGGUCGUCACAAUCGGCAACAUUAUUCAGGAAUUGGCCAACUUGAAGAACCAGCCUUGGAAAUCGUGGGAGCCUUGCCAUCAGUCUCUGAUGGACAAUGUUUUGUUUAAUAUUUGUGCUCCGGAAGCCCUCUACGGAGGCCAGCCAGAUAUUGCAUCGUCCUUGGCCCACGUUUUGGGCAUUGCCACGAGGUUUACAUGGGCCUUGCAGAUCAUGUCGCCCGUCUCGAACGGGAUGGGAACGACUCAACGUACGCCGCCGACUCUGUCCAUGAAACUCAUGCUCCUGUCCACACACAUUCAAUUGGCCCAACUAUUUGACACAAUCCUCACCCAAACAAGCGGAUUCUCGUCUGCAGGACUGUCGGAGGGUCGUGGUCAUGGUGCCGAGACAGACCAGUCAAGCUCCCGUGGCCAACGGCGGCCCUCCCAGCACGUCAUGAUGUUGACUCGGGUUUUUGAACACCACCUGCAUUCCGUGGAACGUUUGAUGGGCCUACCGGACGAGUCGAGACUGUGGAGCCGGAAGGACUCGUACAGGGGAAUAUUAGACCAAGAUGAGCCGUCAGCAGUCACACAAGCGGUCAUGAGCCAAGCGCAAGAUGCGUUUCGGUCGCUGAAACAAACCAUGGAUAAGAUGACGGGUGUCAUUAGCCGAAUCCCUGAUGUGCCGUCAACGAAGUGA